GAGGACGACAGCUCUGCUGGAUGGACUCUGAGGAGAAACACAAGCAAACAACAGAGGACUCAGUGUGGAGAUGGGUGGGGAAAACCAGCUGGUUCUUCCUGUAACAUCAGUAACAUGUAUCUACUGGACAGUGGAGUUUACUGGUGUGAGUCCAGAGAGGGUCCCAUCAGUAACAUGGUUAACCUGACAGUCACUGGUGGAUCAGUGAUCCUGCAGAGUCCUGUCCUCCCUGUGAUGGAGGGAGAUGACGUCACUCUGCUCUGUAAAACAAAGACCACUCCCUCCAACCUCCCAGCUGCUUUCUAUAAAGAUGGCUCCCUCAUCAGGAAGCAGCCUACAGGUCACAUGACCAUCCAGCAUGUUUCCAGGUCUGAUGAAGGCCUCUACAAGUGUGACAUCAGCGGUCAUGGAGAGUCUCCAUCC